AAUACAAAAACAUAAUUAUCGCGGAAAAAACAACCUGUAUUCGUCAAUUGUUUUAUACUGCUGUUAAUUUGAAUAAUACAGCUUAAUUCAUCUUUACUUGUUUAAAUAAAAUCGAAGGGUGCGUUAGUAAUUCUCAACCGAAGAUAAAACGCACCGUUAUUACGCGUUUAAAAUAUGGAUAGUGAGAAAAACCUCGGCGUUAUUUUCUUGGUUUUGGCGUUUAUAUCCAAGUGUCAUGGCCAGUCCGGCAGUCUUGGACUGCUACCUGGAAUUGGUAUGCCACCAGGAGUGGGUUUCCCACCGGGAAUUGGUAUGCCAUCAGGAGUUGGAAUGCCACCAGGAAUUGGGAUGCCAUAUGGAAUAGGCAUGCCACCAGGAAUUGGAAUGCCACAUGGAAUCGCAGGCGGUAUGUUUUCAGGUGGACCAUCGGGACAUGGUGGCCCCAUGGGUCAUGCUGGAGGAAUGGCUGCCGGGUUAGGUGCGCCGGAUAGCAGUCGUUGUAUAGAUGGAUCUGCGGGAGUAGGGGAGUGUACGAGUGACGCAGAUUGUUCGGGGAGGGGGUACUGUUUUCAACGGGCUUCUGCAAGUGGUAUAUGUUGUGGUGGGGGAUCAGGUGCCAGUGGAGGCAUGGGGCCUGGAGGAGGCAUGGGAGCUGGAGGUGGCAUGGGACCCGGAGGUGGCAUGGGACACGGAGGUGGCAUGGGACAUGGAGGAGGCAUGGGACCUGGAGGGGGUAUGGGACAUGGAGGUGGUAUGGGGCCUGGAGGUGGCAUGGGGCCUGACGGAGGCAUGGGGCCUAGCGGUGGCAUGGGACCUGGAGGUGGCAUGGGAUAUGGAAGACGCAUGGGAACUGGAGGAGGCAUGGGACCUGGAGGUGGCAUGGGAUAUGGAGGAGGCAUGGGGCCUGGAGGAGGCAUGGGGCCUGGAGGAGGCAUGAGAGCUGAAGGAGGCAUGGGGCAUAGAGGAGGCAUGGGACCUGGAGAUGGCAUGGGAUAUGGAGGAGGCAUUGGGCCUGGAGGAGGCAUGGGGUCUGGAGGAGGCAUGUCUUCUGCUGGAGGAAUGGUCUCAGGAGGAGAAAUGAGGUACAGGGACGGCAUGUCUUCUGCUGGAGGAAUGGGGUUUGGAGAAGAAAUGAGGUACAGGGACGGCAUGUCUUCUGCUGGAGGAAUGGGCUCAGGAGGAGAAAUGAGGUACAGGGACAGUAUGUCUUCUGCUGGAGGAAUGGGCUCAGGAGGAGAAAUGAGGUACAGGGACGGCAUGUCUUCUGCUGGGGGAAUGGGCUCUGGAGGAGAAGUGAGGUACAGGGACGGCAUGUCUUCUUCUGGGGGAAUGGGCUCUGGAGGAGAAGUGAGAUACAGGGACGGCAUGUCUUCUGCUGGGAGAAUGGGCUCAGGAGGGGAAAUGAGGUACAGGGACGGCAUGUCUUCUGCUGGAGGAAUGGGCUCAGGAGGGGAAAUGAGGUACAGGGACGGCAUGUCUUCUGCUGGAGGAAUGGGCUCAGGAGGAGAAAUGAGGUACAGGGACGGCAUGUCUUCUGCUGGAGGAAUGGGCUCAGGAGGGGAAAUGAGGUACAGGGACGGCAUGUCUUCUGCUGGGGGAAUGGGCUCAGGAGGGGAAAUGAGGUACAGGGACGGCAUGUCUUCUGCUGGGGGAAUGGGCUCAGGAGGAGAAAUGAGGUACAGGGACAGCAUGUCUUCUGCUGGGGGAAUUGGCUCAGGAGGGGAAAUGAGGAACAGGGACAGCAUGUCUUCUGCUGGGGGACAGGGCUCUGGAGGAGAAAUGAGGUACAGGAUCGGAGGAAUGGGUUCAAGCAGUACCACGGGCUUCAGUGGAAGUUCUGGUGGAAUGAGGGAAUAUAGGGAAGUUAGAUACAGUAGAACUGGAAGUGGAAGCAUGCCACAAGAAGGUACGGCAAUUUCAGUUGCAGGUGGUGGUAGCAUGGGUUCCGGAACUACUGGUCCUAGGGACCCGUUAGAAAGUAUCCCAUGUCCUGCUGUAACAGUUACGUCAUGUGAUGACUCAAUACCUCGCCGAGAGUGUUUCACAUCCGAUGCGGUGUGCCGUCAAAAUGAAAAGUGUUGUCCACAUCCUUGUGGAUAUGUUUGUCAAGACAUUACUGGAGUGCGUAGUCAGCCCAGGUGUCCAGAUGUGGUAGGCCAGAGGUGCACGGCCGGACGACAAAAUGGCCGGUCGUGUUCGUCAGAUUCUUCUUGUGGCAGAGGACAGAGAUGUUGUGAAGACCCGUGUGGUUUUAUGUGUAAAGACACCAUAUAAUAAAAGAUAUAUCUUCGAAACGUUCGAAACUUACUAACUAACUAAUAAUCAUACUUUAAUCAUUCUCUAAAUUAAUUUACAUUCUGUAAAAUAAAUCAUUUGUUAUGUUGGAAAAUUUAGAAAUUAUUAAAGAGUAAAUGGAUUUCGUAAGCAUGAGGUCUAUUAGAAAGUAUCAUGAAUAAAUGAAUAUUUUAAAUGAACAAAAAA